AUGGCUAUCAGCCUCUCGGCGCUAUCCUCUGCUCUUCCGUUUAGUCUCAUGGGCACCCGCAUAUCGUUGCUCGACAUUUCUGCAGCCUCAUUGCUUCUCUAUUGUCUGAUCAGACUUUUGGCGAGUCGUCGACCUCCCGCACCCUUUCCGCCUGGACCCAGGCGUUUGCCCUUACUAGGAAACAUCCUCGACAUGCCCUCCAGUCAAGAGUGGUUGACUUUUACUGAGUGGGGUCAAAAAUGGGGAGACAUUACCUCUAUUUCAAUUUUCGGUCAAGAGAUAGUCAUUCUGAACUCCAUGAAAGCAGCUGUCGAAAUGCUGGACAAGAAAAGCUUAAAUUACUCGGAUCGCCCUGUCAUGGAAAUGGGAGGUGAACUCGUGGGUUGGAAGAACGCUCUGGUCCUCACUCCGUACGGAGAUCGUUUUCGAAGGUUCCGAAAGAUGUUCCAUCAGCUCAUUGGUACCCAUGCUUCGAUGGCCCACUUCCACUCCGUCGAGGAGGAGGAAACACAAGAAUUUCUCAGGGCCUUAUUGAGGGACCCAAGCAAUUUCGUUCAACACAUUCGGCAGACGGCAGGCGCGAUAAUUCUCAGGAUAUCCCAUGGAUACAGAGUUAAGCCAAACAACGAUCCGCUUGUGGCCGUUGCAGACGAGGCCAUGCAUCAGUUCGCUCUAGCGACAGCGCCAGGCGGGUUCCUUGUCAAUCUUAUCCCUCCCCUGAAGCACCUUCCCGACUGGUUCCCGGGAGCAGGUUUCAAACAGACGGCUAAGGAAUGGCGAGCAACGAUUAAUCGCAUGGCGGAUGAACCGUAUCGCUACGUUAAGGAACAAAUUGCGGCCGGCAGUGCCGAACCUUCGUUUACAUCCAAGUUUCUUGAGGAGCCCAAUCUAUCAGAAGACAGAGAAUACGAUAUCAAAUGGUCUUCUGCUUCGUUAUAUUCUGGAGGAGCGGACACGACCGUGUCCUCCAUACACGCACUGUUUUUGGCCCUCUGCCUUUUCCCAGAAGUUCAUAAGAAGGCGCAGGUCGAAAUAGAUGCUGUGGUUGGAAACGAUCGACUUCCGACAUUUGAAGAUCGACAGAACUUGCCAUAUAUAAACGCACUCGUUUCUGAAGUCCUGCGAUGGCAUGCCGUCACUCCCACAAGUGUUCCCCAUAGAGUUUUGGAAGACGAUAUUCACAACGGCUACUUCAUCCCCAAAGGCUCAUUGGUAAUCGCCAACGUCUGGAACAUGUUACACGACCCUAGAGUUUACCACAACCCCAUGGACUUCAAGCCAGAAAGAUUCCUAGGCCCUACUCCCGAGCCCGACCCACGUAACGCUUGCUUUGGCUUUGGAAGGAGGAUAUGCCCAGGUCGAAUUCUUGCCGAUGCAUCUGUAUACAUAUCUGUUGCAAUGCUUAUUGCUACAUUCAAUGUAUCGAAAGCUGUGAAGAAUGGCGAGGUCGUGGAGCCUCCUCUUGGCCAGACAAGUGGGACCGUCAGUCACCCCUUGGCUUUCGAAUGCACGAUCAAGCCACGGAGCCAGAAAGCGAUAGAUCUCAUCGUCGACGCAGACGACUGA